CAGAGGGAUCUGGGGUGGAAUUCGGCUCCGCUGAGCGGGAUAUAAUCAGAGUUCCAUCGCAUCUCGCUAUGGAGGCAAUAGAGGCAGAGAACGGGGACGACAAUGAAGAGGAGGAGUCUGUUCCUCUGGAGGACCAAGAAGAGACGUUUCCCCCAGCAGAAAGAGGAGUCUAUGGAGCUACAGAGCUGUUCGUUGGUUCUGCAGAAGAAAAAUCUCCUGAGACUUUCUCGGACAAAGUGGAAUUAGACAGUUGUCCUCCUGAAUUGGGUGACAUGGAGCAGCCAAUAACAGACAGAGGAAACCCUUCCCGCACGUCUUCAGGAGCUCCUCUGCAGGCAUCUGCAUUGUCAGUGGAGUUGAACGGCUGCACAGAGUCAGAGUCUGCCUUUGAGCAAUUUGGUCAGCUUACUAGUGAGUGUGGUGACCAAAGAUGGGAAAAGGAACGCCAGCAGCGUGGAGCUGAGGAACAUGAAAUAAGCAGAAGAAGUAAAGAAACCAUAGAAGAAACGGAACUGGUUGUCUUGGAUCCAGAACAUCCUCUGAUGAGAAGAUUCCAGGCUGCCCUGAAAAACUACCUUACUAAGCAGAUGGAAAAAGUGAACCUAGAGCUUCAGGAACUGAGGACAGCAACGAAGAAGGGCAAAGUACGGAGAGAAGAGCUUGGGGUGAUUCUUUACGGAGCGCAGCAGCAGCUGGCCCAUCUGCAGAUGGAACUGGAGAAGAGCCAUGACCACCGUUCUCAGACGGCCACAGCACGUCGGCACUUGGAAGAGGAACUGGAGGGCCUCAGGCUUACUUACAAGAAAAUGCGUCAGAACACAGAUGAUGAACGCAAGAAAGUUUCUGCAAUGCAGACCCAGGUUGAAAACCUGGCCUUGCAUCUCUUCUACAUGCAGAAUAUGGACCAGGAUAUGCGUCAUAAUAUUUUACUAAUGAAACAGUCGACAAAGAAGGCUGAGGCAGAGAAGGUCCAGGCUGAGGUGGAAAAGAAAAAACAGGAUCUUCUAGUAGACCGCUUAACAAGAAAAGCCUACGAACUACAGGAACAGAUUGCUCUGUUUGAAGCUCAGUUUGUGGCCCAGGCAGAGGACACGAAAGUAACUCGGCAAGCAGUAAAUGAGGCUUGUACGGAGGUACAGGCUAUUAACAUGGAGAAAAAGCGAUUGAUGAACCACUGGAAUAGCAGCUUGGCUGGAAUGAAGCAGAGAGAUGAGGCCUAUAUUGCCACACAAGAAUUGCUGAGCAAGUACAGACAUGACCUCAAGUCCCUAGAAAUGGACAUCCAUGGCUGUAGAAAGUCGAUCAGGAAGGAGGAGGAGAAGAAUGAGUCGCUUAUCACCAUCCUGAGCCGUUCACAGAACGAUGCCAGCACGACAAAGAAACUGAUUGCCCAGUGCCUUUCAAGGCAGGAGGCCUUGAAGGUUGAGUCUGGCACCUAUACUCGCAUUCUCCAUGAGACAGAGCAGGCCCUCAACAGGACCAAGAUGGAUCAAGCUGCUCGUCUGAAUGAAUUGCUGUCCGUCAGUAAGGAUAUAGAGAAAGGGACUGAUGCCAAAGAGCAGAUGGAGAAUGAAAUCAUGGCAAAGCUUCAGGACCAGAUGAUGUCCAGCAAAGUCACAAAGCACUUCUCACAGCUGGUUGCAAAACUUCAUAGGAGAAAAACCGAUCUGGAGCUGCAUUUUUCCAAGGUUGAGAAUGAUAUGGCCCAGGUUAUUCUGAAUGCAACUCAUACCAACUGCAGGCUGACAAUUCUCCAAAAAACACUUUGUGAGCUGGACAAGGAAAUAAAAAAUAUCCAUGAUCUGAUCAGCUGCAGGGAAAGUGAGAUUGUGAAGUGCAGUCUCCUGAUUGAGAACAAGCAAGGGGUCAUCAGCCAGUACAACAAGAGGUUGGAGAUGAUUCUUUCUCAGCAGGGGGGGCAAGAAUUGGGACCACUGGAAAUUGAGAUCAACAAGCUGACCAAGCAGAUAGAAGAAUAUAAUUCUGAGGUGAUGACACUACAGAAGUACUGGCUCAAUCUGCAGAAAGAGCUGGUGAAGUUAACACACGAACGAGAGGAACAAAUAGCCUCCUUGGAUAUGUUAAAGAAACAGAUCACAAUAAUGCAGCAGAAGAAAGUACGCACUGAAAAUGAAAUUCAGCAGGAAACAAAAGAACAGAAAGACAUCGAACGUCACAUGAGAAACAUGUCAAAUGACUUGAUAAAGUUGAAUGUGUUGAUCAACAAGAACAACAACAGUUUUGAGGAGCUGCAAUAUGGCAACAUUAUCACAGAGAACGAGUUUGUACGCUCUCUCAAGGCAGCAGAAAAAGAAUCAGUUGAGAUGCAGGAGAAGCACAGUCAAUUGACCGAGGAGAAGGAAAGACUCCUGAACAGCCUGGUGGAAGCAGAGCAUCAAAUCAUGCUAUGGGAGAAAAAGAUCCAGCUGACAAGAGAGAUGCGUGCAGCGGUGGAUUCUGAGACAGGACAAGGCGAAAUCCAAGCCAUGAGAACAGAGAUUCAUAGGAUGCAAGUCCGCUAUGGCCGGCUGAUGAAGCAGCAGGAGAAGAUGAUUCGUGAUAUGGAGGCAUCUGUUUCUCGUAGAGAGGCGAUAGCGAUUCGUGGAGAGGGUCAGAACAAAACAGAUAAGAAACAUAUCACCAAGAGCGACUUCCACCGCAGGAAACAGGAGCUGAGAAAGAAGAUAAGCGAAACCCAGAAGAAUGCUCAAGAUUGCAACAAAACUAUCCUGGAGCUGGAGAGCACCCAAGCCUCCCUUAGUGCCACCUUCUUGGAAAAGCAGCAAGAAUUGUGCAGACUGCAGGCUGAGUCCGAUGGCCUCCGUUCAGACGCAGAAUGUCUCCGGAACAAGAAACGAUGGAACCUUUUGGAGAUUGUGGCCUACCAGACACGCCAGAAGCAUCUGCAGGCGCUGAGGGAAGGGAAGUACACUCCCCUGUACCGCACUGAACAAGCCUGGAGAAACGAGCAGCAGAAACUGCAGGACCGGCUCCGUACCAUUAACGCCGUUGUCCACCAGAUCCAGCAAGAACAUCCUCAGCACCAAAGGGCUCUCCAGUGGCUCAGUCAGUGCUUGGAAUCCAGGCUCGGCUCGCAGGAAGGCUGACAGGGACGUGGACAAAAUACAUAUAACCAUCUGUUCUUC